AGUGUUCAGUACAGAUUCAAAUGUAGAAGGACAAUUAAUUAGACGAGGAUCGACCUUUUUCUGUAAAAAUGAGACUUGUCUCGGAGGCCAAUAUUGUAGCAAAAGAAACCUUUGUCGAUCGACUAAAUACGACGGACAGCCCUGCAAAUUGGACAAGCAUUGCAAAAGUUCUACCUGUAUAGAUCAGGUAUGCAGAGCGUGUCGAGUCGACGAAGAUUGUCCAUUUCGGUAUAAAACAUUUGCUAAUUUUCCAACAAAGACCUACUGCAUGAAUAACAGUUGCGUGGAUUGUAAACAGAAUGGCCACUGUAAAGCGGGAAUGGUAUGUGCGAGUGACAACAGAUGUGAAGAGUGCGACUCAGACAAGGAUUGUGGCGACGGUGUUUGUUCCAAAGCUGAUGCUCAUAACUGGUGCGUCCAAUGUUACAAUGA